GUUGCCAUAGCACAGUGGAGCCGUUCUCCUGUUAGCUGACAGUAUACACGCGACUAAAACAAGCGUCUUCUUUUGGAAUUAUUCACACAAACAGCAAGUACUUCCUCUGUUUCUUUAAGCGGUGGACGCGAGCAGUGUUCUGUGGCCUCGCUGUUUUAUCUCAGAGCUAAAUAAGUGAGCUAACGGUGGGUAAGCUAGCUAACGCACAGCAGUGGAGAUGCCACUUGUUGCUAACCAGGAGGAGCGUCAGUCACAACAAUGGCUGUGAUUGAUUGGGAGGGGACCAGUGGGAGCUGCAGGGCUGCUAUGGUCAGAUAGUUGCAUUCUUGUCUUCCGCUGGUUGCUAAAUGGAAGAUGACUGAACUCCCGGUUCUGUUUGCUGUGAUUAAGAUACUUAUCUCACUGGAAGUUCCAAACCGUCCCACCGUGGUCGUUAAUCUGAUUAACAUCACUGUGAACACUCCGCGGUUUGCGCUGACGAAGCUGGUGGUCGAUCACUAAUCUACACAUUAUCCCAGUCGGGCGUGUUAGUUUUGUCGCGAACCCAAGCUAUGGACACAUCCAGCGGCUCGGACUCGUACGACCGGACGCAGGGCCACAGGCGUCGGGGGCGUGAAGCCCACCGCAGAGCCGGCCGGGACAGGGUCGGCGCCGGCGGGGACCGAGCAACAGACAUAUGCGAGAAGAUCGACACCCUGGCCAGCACGUUACAGGGCACCAGUAGAAACUUGACCAAAGUAGACCGUAUGCUGGGCCAGUACAGGGACCAUACAGACGACCAUGCUGAAGCCAUGGCACUGCUCAGGGAAAACCUGGAGGAGUCGAUCAGUCAGCUGCAGACACAGAGGCUGAGUAGAACCAAUGGUGCUCGGAGUGCUUCAGCUUCGGCCUCCACACUGCACACAAGUGACCUGGAGGCUGGUUCAGGCUCAGAAGGCCAGCGUUUCUACCCUAACUCUCCACUGAGGGACUACACAGGCUCCACAGGGAGGAGGAAGAGGUCUCAGUCGGCCGGUGUUCGCUUCAAGAAGGAUGCCACUCGGACAGGAGACGGUAUUCAUUCUAUAAACCAAUCCUUGAGGGAUCUACAAAGUGACCAGCUGAGACUGUCUGAUGAACUGGAUAGAGAAAUCCUCAGGAGGAACAGGACUGAUAUUGACACCAGGCGGGCGAUGGAGAGCCUCACAGGGCACUUGACAACAUCCCAGAGACAAGACUCAGUGUCGUCUCACGUGGAGCGGCGGCUGCAGGAGCUGGAGAGAGAGAUGCACAGCGAGGAGACAAGCAUGGAGAGAGAAAGGCGGCCCGAGCAGCGGGUGGGCCUAUCCGAUGAGCUGCAGGAGACGGUAGGGAGACGACAACUUCAAGCCCACGAGAGAGACGAGGCCAUGGCAGCCCGGUUAUUGAAAGCAGAGAAGGAGAAGAUGGAGCAGGAUCUGGAGAGAGCUAGAAGACGAUUAGAACAGUCCGAGGACAGCAGAGAGUCACUCGUUCAACAGGUGGAGAACAUGCGAGAUGAGCUGCUGAGGUUAAGUAAGGAGAAGACUGAGCUUCACAGGAUGCAGCUGGAUACUUCACAGCACACCGCUCAAACACAUGGCAACCACACUGAGAGGGCGGAGGGAAGAGGUGGACAGCGAGGGCCAGACUUAGAAAAAGAAGUGGCAGACUUGCGGGUUCAGCUGUGCAAGGCCUCUGUUCUCCAUGAAGUCGAGGAACUGAAGAGGGCUUUGGACCAUAAGGAGAAGGAGAGGGUCCAACUCAGCUUACACGUGGAGGAAUUGUCAUCAGACCUGGCGCGGCGGGAGCAGCAGCAGCUACGUAUAUUGGAACAGUUGAAGCAGUUACAGAGCCGAGAGCAGGCUGAGAGGAGGGAGAUGGAGGCAUUACUCCAGGAGAGCACGAGGAGCAGGGAUGAAUUGAAGACCAGGGCCCAGGAGGCUGUGCGCCAGUGGAGGGCAAAGUGCAAGAGAUUGCAGAAGGAGCAGGAGGAGGCAAAAGCCCAGACGCAAUUCCAUACUGACAAGGCCUCGCAGGCAGCCAGGGAAAAGGAGAACUCUCAGGCCCAGCUAAAGGCGCUGAGCCAGCAUACUGAGGCAGCCCGCAGGGAGCUCGCUGAAAUCCUUGGCCGCUUGGCCCAGCGCGAGGAAGAACUACACCGCAAGGACGUGGAGCUGUCCGAGACCCGCCAGCGGCAGCUGUCACUGGAGCAGGAAAUGCGGGAGGUAAGGGAGGCCUCGGCUGCCCGGGAAGAAGAGACUCGGCGUCAGUCUGCCAUCCAAACAAGGCUAAAGGAAGAGAACCAGAGGCUGGAGGAACGAGCCGACAGCCAAGCCUGCCGUCUUCAAAGAGACCAGGACAAGCAGGAAGAGCUCCAGGCCGCCCUCAAGCGCAUGACCUCGGCUCAUUCCCAUCAAGCUCAGCGGUUAGCUGAGGAGGAGAGAACCAGGAAGGAGCUCCAGAAGGGAGUGUCAGAACAACAGGCUAAUCUGACAACGAUGCAGGAGGAGCGGGAGGCACUGGCUCAACAGCUGCAGCUCGAGAGGGAGGUGCAUCAGAAGGAAGUGGACAACUUGAAGGCAAUGAUGGAAGACGUCAGGAAAAGGAAGCAUCGUGAAAUGCAGGCACAACUGAAGGAGUUUAAGGAGGAUGCAGCGUCAGACAAGGAGCUGUGUGGGGCGCUCCGCAUCAAGUUGGACAGGAUGAAGGAUGAGUGUGAUAAGCUGGCAGCGCAGCUUUGCACAAAAGACGAGACACACGCACUUCUGCUCAGAAAGUACCAACUACUCAAAGAGGAAAUGGAUGUUAGAGUCAGGUCAGGUGACCAGAGACGUGCUUCAGAACUGGAGGAGAAGAUGUUGCGGAUGGAGGCGGAACAAGAAACUAUCCUUACCUCAAUGGGAGAGGAACUAGACACAGCCUGCCGCAGCCUAGCAAGGAAUGGUGAAGACAAACUACAGGCAAUCUCACAGAAACCUGGAUUAGUAAAAGACCCCCAUCACUGGCUUGCCGAGUCAAAGACAAAGCUACGCUGGCUGUGUGAAGAGGUGCGGGAACGUGUCGGAAGAGAACAGCGCCUGAGGAAGCAGCAUCAGCAGGCCCGGGAUCAGUUGAAGGCGCUGGCGAAGAGCCGGGACUCAGAACACGAUGCUCUCUUGCAGCGACUGGACCAACAAGAGAAGCUGCUUCACUCCCUGAGCACUGAAAAGAAAGAGCUGUUGGAGCGGAGUCGCAGGAAGGAGGAGGAAAUGAGGAGCCUUCAGGACCGUAUUUUGGAUGUAGAGAUGAACACAAGAAUAGCCCUCGACCACCUGGAGUCAAUUCCUGAAAAACAAUGUCUGAUGGACAACUUCAAAGAUUUAGAGGAGUCACAGCGACAGAGGGAGAUGGUCGAUCAGCGAUACACCAAAUACAAAGAGAUCGUCUGGGACCUGCAGCACCAGCUGGACGAGUCCAAACGCGAAAUCCAAGAGUACAGAGACGAGAAGCUGGACGCCACGACCAGGAGCCUGAAACUUGCUGCUCUUUCCUCCAGCAUCAAAGGCCCCGGCACAUUCCUCAGCAGCUCGCUGAGGUCUGACACUCUGUCUCCUCGAAAACGCCUGACCAGUUCGGACCUGGACGACUCUGAAGUCAACGGGGCCAAACCACUCACAGAUUAGCUCAGCCUCAAGUGAUCCUUUAUCUCUUUCUGUUGGAACGUGGACACACAGCGACGCGCACAGCUGACUGUACCUGCCCAGUGCUCAUCCAGAACCGACUGGACUGGACUCUGGGCCUCGCACUCAACACUAAUCCUCCUCGACUACCUCAAGCAGGCGAACACUGAAGGUGCUCGAGAGCAGGGGAGCGACUGAGGGAUUUCACACACACUUUGAAGAAGGACAUAUUUUUGCACACUGUAAAAGAGGAACUACUAUCAAGUGUUUUUUAUUUAUAAGACCCUGAAGUGAAGUUAUAUAUUGGGUUUCAACCAAAAUCAUUUCACUGUUACAUUCUAUUUUACAACUUUUUAACUCAACAGCUAUUUUAAAUAUUGUAAACCAAACUGUACUCCUCUCAUUAUGUGUUGGUGCUCAAAUGAUUUGGACCCAGUUAAGGCCUUUGCACACAAUAUGCAUAUUUUUCUAUUUGCAUAUUACUAAUAAUUUUGAAUUUUUCCAGAACUUCAAAGACCCGACGCAAGUUUCCACAUUUCAAUUUAUCAGAGAUUUUGCUUCUCUCAUUUUCAAAUCUAACCAAUCAUAAUGCAUUUUGUUGUUAGUGUCAUAUUUUGAAGCUGUAGUAGAAGAACAGCAACUUCCUCCUCAGUCAGAUGUUUCUUUAUUUAAUAUAUUUGACUUGAGCCACUGCUCACAGUUAUUUUUGUCUUUUAAAGGAGUUGUAGAGUGGCCCAAUCUAAACCUGCCUGUUUAGAAUGAGCUGUUUGCUUGGUCUAUGGUGAUGCUGGUUUUCUUUCUGGGACUGUUAGAGUGACCUGAAGGCAUUGAGAUGGGUGAAUUAAGACCGACUGCAGGACUCGGUCCACAGAGCCCAGAAACCAAUGCCGCUAUAGAAAGAGCUGUUCACCUCUUUAUUCAAAGUUUAGGUAGGUUCGACUCAGAAUCCUGAACUGGAUAAUCGGUUGUUGUUAACGUGAGCGUCUUGCUGUCCAGCUCCACCUGAAGCACCUACAGAGUGCUGGUCGUCUAUUUGUUCAAAGAGAGUUGAACUUAUCUCAUGUCCAAAUAGCACCAAAUUCGACACCGCCCUUCGAUGGGACCUGGAGAACACACGUGCCUAGUGUAAAGGCGAUGAGCCACAGACUUCAGACUUCAGACAGAUUUCUGGAGUUAGACAGGUAUGAGGAUGUAGCUGACUUGAAGCCAAGAUCAAGAAACAAGUGACCCAGCUCCCGUGGAAGAAAGUGAAUGGGCCAUAUGUGCACAGCAGGGACUUAUUGACCAAUAUACUUCCAAUUAAAAAGUUUUAAUAAACAUCGCUGCAUCAGCUUCUCUUCAAAUUGUGCAAUGGGCGUCAGGAAACAUGUCCAGCUGUGAUUCAGCUUAGGCCCCUGAAACACUUCAUCUGGUGAAAUCAGCACCUGUGCUGCAUCGCUUGAUGUUGACUCCAUCUUGCUUAUAUUUUAGUUGAUAUAUCAUCUCUUGCUUAAUCUUAAUCAGGCGCGUUGAAGUUCCUCUCAAUAUUAUUUGCUGUUUGCCUUUCAGUUGAUGUGCAAAGGCCGUCACUCUGCACAAACACAACUCUGGUGCCUUUUAAAGACUAUGCAGUGUUUUUUAACAUUAACAUCCUGACUUGUCUCUAUCAUGAAAAUGUGACAAAUCUUGUUUUUUACAACGUUUUUUAAUGUAUUGAUGAUUUUUUGGUUUUGUUUUGUUUUGUUACCUGCAGUAUAUAUACACAUGGAUGUCUAUUUUUUAUGAAAUGCAAAAUAAGUAUAUGCACUAUGAAUAAAUCCCCCUG